UUUUUCUCAUUUUAUUAUCACUUUUUUUUUUUCCUUUUUUCUCCAUUUUUAGUGAAAUUCAAUUCGUCAAUGUAUGGUUUGAAGGUAGAGAAAUGUGCAACAACGAUUCCUUAAUCAAACACCCCAUUCGUAAAUCAAGAACCAAAACAAGACGACCCAAAUUCCUCAGCCUCCGAUCGGAGUUAAUUUCCCCCAAAUUUACACCGAUGAUCCACCACCCACCACAGCCAUCGCCACCGCCACCGACGCCGCCGCAGAAACAGCUCACUCUGUUUCCCCUGCAUCCAGAGAAUCUACAGAUGGAAGACAGGGAGGAAAACGUGGUGUUCAUCUUCGAAAACGACGUCGUAAGUAGCAGCUGCUGCAGCCUACAGAGCUUUCUUCCCAGUUACCAAAACGACAUGUCGUCGGAGGAAGAGUCGCGUAAUUUGGCGGAGGAGGCGGCACUUGUACGGACGGCGAUGAGAAGCAGAGAGAGACAAACAGGGGUGGAGGAGAAAUGGGUUUGUUAUUCAGAAGUGGUGGAGAAGACGGAGGAGGUGGAGGUGGAGGAAGUGACGAGCACGGCGGCGGAUGAGUGGGUGAAGAAGAUCAAUAAGAAUAAGAAGAAGAAGAUUAAGAAGAAAGUGGAGAUGAUGGGAAAACAGUUAUGGUUGAAGCUUGAUUAUGAAGGGAUAUUGAAUGCUUGGCCUGAUAAAGCUCCAUUGUUCAUCAAUGGAGAAUCGCCUCAGACUGUUCCUGAUCUUCGUGAUGAUCCAAAUCUCUGCUCUGAUUCUCUUCCCAAUAGAAAUGUGAUGGAUGGAAUGGGAAGUGAAGGGCAUAAUAGUAAUAAUAAUAAUGUGUGGAAAGUUCCAGAAAUGGGAAUAUUGAAAAAAGAAUAUAUAUUAGGACAAAGAGAAGCAAGUGUUUUGAGAUAUAAAGAGAAAAGGCAAAGCAGACUGUUUUCCAAGCGCAUUCGCUAUGAAGUCAGAAAACUCAAUGCUGAGAAGCGUCCUAGAAUGAAGGGUCGGUUUGUGAAAAGAAGUUGAGAAGGUGAAGAAACACUUCAUUUUGGAUAUAAGGGCAUUCUAGGAAAUGUCAUGUAGUGUUCUCUUUUCUUUUAAAAAUUUUCAUUGGUUUUUUUUUCUUCUACUUUAUAGGUAAUGUUGCAUUAAUAAAAUAUGAUUAAUGUUAAAUAAGAACAUUGAUUAAGGAAAAAAAAAUGAAACUCAUGCCUGUCGAUUAACCAGUAAUGAAAUAAUGGGUGUAAUGUGCCUAAUCGCAUGA